ACUCGAGGCAGGUCUGGUUGGAUCUGACCCGGUUGUCUCAGACCCGAGUCCGACCUGUCAGUCAAGACAGACGAAGAAGAUUCUAGCUCAGCGACGUGACAAGAGUUCCGCAGUAAAUACGUACUGUACCUCCGCAGUGAUCAGCCUCGGCCAAAGCUUCCUUCACUUCUCCCUCCGGCAAGUACGGCUGCACUACCACCGGACCAUGGCCUCGUUCACCACGCUUCCGGCGAUGGUGAUAGAAGCGCUCGUGCCGGCAGCCAGGAAACGGGCGGGGAAGGAGGUGGCGGUGAUCGGGGCCGGUGCAGCGGGGCUGGCGGCGGGGAGGGAGCUGAGGAGGGAAGGCCAUAGAGUCGUCGUCUUCGAGCGGGGAAACACUGUUGGCGGCACCUGGGUGUACACGCCGGAGGUCGAGUCCCCCGACCUCCUCGGCGUCGAUCCCAACCGGACUUUGGUCCACAGCAGCGUCUACGAAUCGCUGCGCACCAACCUCCCGAGGGAGGUCAUGGGCUUCCUCGACUACCCUUUCUCAGUCCGUCCUGGCUGCGAUGGCCGGAGGUUUCCCAGCCACCAGGAGGUCGCCGCCUACCUAGCGGACUUUGCCGCGGACUUCGAUCUUGUGAGGUGGAUUCGGUUGGAGACGGAAGUCGUGAAUGUGGUACAGCACCCUGAUGGAAGGUGGCUGGUCCGGUCCAGGCGGGCCUUGCUCAACAGGGAAUGCACGCCCCCUUCCGCCGCGGUGAUCGAGGAAGUCUUCGACGCCGUCGUUGUGUGCAAUGGCCAUUACACGGAGCCUCGACUCGCCGUCAUCCCCGGCAUUGAAAAGUGGCGGGGGAAACAAAUGCAUAGUCACAACUAUCGCGUUCCUGGACCAUUUGCAGAUAAGGUUGUAGUUCUGAUAGGCGGUUAUGCGAGUGCAAAGGAUAUUUCCAGAGACAUUGCUCCAGUAGCUAAAGAAGUUCAUGUUUCGUCGAGAACUGAAUCAGGUGAACUACCAAGGAUGCAACCGGGAUAUGCUAACAUGUGGCUUCAUUCCUUGAUCAAGAGCACCCAUGAAGAUGGUGGCGUGGUAUUCAGUGAUGGAAGUUCAGUAAUUGCUGAUAUCAUUAUACACUGCACAGGGUACAAAUUUCGUUUUCCUUUUCUGGACUCGAAUGGUGCAGUAACUGUGGACGACAACCGUGUUGGCCCGCUGUAUAAGCACGUUUUUCCGCCGUCGUUGGCUCCAUCGCUUUCAUUCAUUGGGAUUCCCUGGAAGGUAUAUCCGUUUCCAUUGUUCGAACUGCAAAGCAAGUGGGUGGCAGGAGUUCUCUCAGGGCGGAUUUCGCUUCCAUCUGAACGAGAGAUGCUGGAAGAUGUAGAAGCCUUUUACUUGCAGAUUGAAGCAGCUGGAUAUCCUAAGCGUUACACCCAUAACAUUUCAAGUUACCAGUCUGAGUAUGAUGAUUGGCUGUCGAUGCAAUGCGGGUGCAUGAAGGUGGAGGAAUGGAGGAAGGAGAUGUUUGCUGCAACUUACAAGAAUCGAAUUGCUAGGCCGGAAAAUUAUCGAGAUGAAUGGGAUGACCAUGAUUUGGUUCUGCAAGCUCAGGAACACUUUCUCACAAUUGAGUAACUAUUUCCGUAGUGAAAAUUUUUCUUCAGUUGGUCAUGUAUUUCUGUUGUGUCUUUUUGUGAUGACAAUGUUUUUGUUUUGCUACACACAUCCUUCAUCAAGGGCAUCGAUUCGCCUA